CCCAACCUUAAUAUCCAAUCCAAUAAAUGUCUCUCUGAAAACCCUAGGAAGGCAGAAGCGAUAGUAUAGCAGGGCAGAGAGAAGAACCCGGCAGGCAGUCGUUGAGCCUCUUCGUUGCUUCUCUAUCUCUGCUCUCCAUCUUCCGCCGGCCGCCAUGAAGUUCAAUAUCGCCAACCCCACAACGGGGUGUCAGAAGAAGCUGGAAAUCGAUGACGACCAGAAGCUGCGAGCCUUUUUUGACAAGAGGAUUUCCCAGGAAGUCAGCGGUGAUGCUCUUGGAGAGGAAUUCAAGGGGUAUGUGUUCAAGAUCAUGGGUGGUUGUGACAAGCAGGGGUUCCCCAUGAAGCAGGGUGUCUUGAACCCUGGCCGUGUCCGCCUCUUGCUUGUCAGAGGAACCCCAUGCUUCCGUGGACAUGGAAGGCGCAAUGGAGAGCGUAGAAGGAAGUCGGUCCGUGGUUGCAUUGUGAGCCAAGACCUUUCUGUUCUCAACUUAGUCAUUGUGAAGAAAGGUGAGAAUGAUCUCCCUGGACUGACGGACACAGAGAAGCCAAGAAUGAGGGGACCCAAGAGGGCAUCCAAGAUCCGCAAGCUUUUCAAUCUCUCUAAAGACGAUGAUGUGAGGAAGUAUGUCAACACCUACCGCCGUACAUUCACCCGCAAAAACGGGAAGGAGGCUAGCAAAGCUCCUAAAAUUCAGAGGCUGGUCACUCCACUGACCCUGCAGAGGAAGAGGGCAAGACUUGCAGAUAAGAAGAAGAGAGUUGCAAAGGCCAAUGCCGAUGCUGCUGAGUACCAGAAGCUUCUUGCAUCCAGAUUGAAGGAGCAGAGAGACCGUCGCAGCGAGAGCUUGGCCAAGAAGAGAUCCAGGUUGUCUUCUGCUUCCAAGCCAUCUAUUGUUGCUUAAAAGUGAGAUUCAGGGUUUUUAGAUGAGUGCCAUAUCUUGUUUGUUAAAAUUUUGAGAAGGGAAUUGGAUUGAUGUUUUUGUUGUGGGAAUUUCAUCAUAGUUAAGUCUAUGAGGAUUGGUACUGCAAAACACUAUUUGGUUGUUCUGUUGUUUCUCGUCUUAGCAGCAUAUUUCUGUUCAUUUUUGUUCGCCAUCUCAGAUGAAGCACUGGUUCAAUCCUUUCUUAAGCUAUCGUCUUUCACUCUCUGUUAAACUGCCUGGAAAGGGUAUCAGACAAACCAUGUUUAGAAAGUAACAAGUGGAAGGGGAUUGCUGCAAGUGCCGUGUCUGCUGACAAAACCAUUUGCGAAUUGAGCUUGCUCAAGGAUUCGUCGGCGGCCGACUUCCAAUUUGGGCCAGUUGUUUCAGUCAGCCCAUGGUGGUAAAUGAUUUAACUUUUCUCCAUGACUUGGUCUCUGGUGAUCUGUGGGUCAGUUCUCAGUUGGACGUUAACAAAGUAAUUAGUGAGAUGGCUAAGUGCGUGUACUUAUAUAACCGAAACGUCUUGUCUUCUUCGAUCGAUCCAGCUGAGAAAGAAAAGCCACUAGGGAGCUGGUUAGUGACAAGGAUGAAAAGUUAAAGAGAAGAAGAAAAAAGUAUCCACGUGGAUUGCUGGUGUUAGUCUGGUUAAUCGCUCGUUUGAUUGGUUCAAUUGUUGCGUCGGUUUUUGCUAACGGUAUUUUGCUUUACGAUGCAUUCGUCGCUUAAGGUGUUUUAGUAGGGACGGACUAAGAUACUCAUCUUAGCAUUCUUAAGGUUUAUCAUGGAGC